UUAUAAUACAAACCAUUUGCAUACAAUAUUUAGAACAAUUCAAACAAAACAAGGCACAGAAGAAGUUUACAAAGCAAAUACACCAGAGUAUUUAUAGGACACCGCAUAAUCAGGGCGUUGUUAUUAGAACGCAUUGUAUUGUUGGAAAUAAUCCAACACACGGCUUUCAAAUAUAUCCGUAAAUUUUGGUUAAUGUUAUAAACAUCAGUUCGACGUCUUUUAGAAUUUUUUUUUUUAACUCGCGUUAUUUUAAAAAUAUUGUAUAGAAUUGAAUCAUUUGUUUUUUUUUACAUUACAGUGGAACCUUAAGUAGGUUGGUGUUUCUCUACGGAAGGUAAAUAGCGAAGCACUGUCCAGUCGGCGUGGGUUUGGAAUCAUAUGUAAAAAGUGAUUAGUGUGCACGUGAGCGUGUUUUUACAUUAAUCUGUGAGGGAAUCAGUUGUAGUGCGAGGGAAGGUGAGAAAGCUGCUGGUCAGUUUUAAGGUGAUCAAUGAGACAGUAGUGGUGAGGAGUGGUUGUAUGAGUGUGUGUGAGUCUGUGUGAGAUCCACGAUGGUGUUCUUCACUUGUAACGCGUGUGGAGAGUCGCUGAAGAAAGGCCAGAUUCCAAAACACACCACUAUGUGCCGAGGAUGCCAAGUUCUGUCCUGCAUUGACUGCGGAAAAGAUUUCUGGGGAGAAGACUAUAAAAGCCAUGUGAAGUGUAUCAGCGAGGAUCAGAAGUAUGGAGGGAAGAACUACGAGGCCAAAGCGAAUAAAGGCGAUGUGAAACAGCAACAAUGGAUUCAGAGAGUCCAGGCAGCGCUAGAUAAGCCGGGUGUGAGUGCAAGACUGCGCUCGGUGCUGCAGCAGGUCUCCACCUACGACAACGUCCCACGCAAGAAAGCCAAGUUUCAGAACUGGAUAAAGAACAGUCUGAAGAUUUACGACUCCAGUCUGCAGGAUCAAGUUUGGGAAAUCUUCUCCUCUUCUGAAAGUCCAGACAACGGAGCUGAACAACCUGUACACACGUCACCUCCAGCGCAGGACAUGCAGGAAGAACAAGCGAAACCUGAGGAGAAGAAAAAGAACAAGCGAGAGAGAAAAGAAGAACGACAGAAGAACGGUAAAAAGAAGCGAACGAAGGAGGAGCAGAACGGGGAGAAUGGUGUAGAAGAGCCUCAGAAGAAGAAAAAGAGGAAGCGUGCCGAGGAAGAAGAGAGCGUGGAGGGGGAAAGCUCAAAGAAAAUGAAGAAAAGGAACGAGGAGGAGUGUGAAGAGAGCCAAAACGUAGAGGAAGUGGAGGAAGCAGAGGACGAACAGGAAGCCCAAGAGAAGUCAAACAAAGGGAAGUUCAACUGGAAAGGAACGAUAAAGGCGGUUCUCCGUCAAGCUCCAGAAGAAGGCAUAGCUCUCAAGAAGCUCCGUAAAAAGGUUUUAUCAGCGUAUUAUUCCUUCAGCGCAGAGGACAAUCAUAAAUCGGAGGAAGAGCUGUAUUCUCUGUUCAACAAGAAGCUGAAAAACCCCAAGUUUAAAAUCCUGAAAGAAAAAGUCAGACUUGUUAACUAAUGCUUUGGUUUUGUAAAUGAAGCCACAGACAGCUGCCAGAGGAGACAUUGCAUCUAUGACGCAUCCUGUUUUAUAUCCCAUCCUUGUCUAUUUUUCUUAAAAUAAAUGUUCUUCCUGAACAGA